UUCAGAGCCGCCUGCACAGGAUGACCGGAGCCACCGCCCCGCGGCGCCCGCGGCUCGCCACGGCGUCCCGGGCGCUCUGACCGCGCGCGCCCCCGGCUCCCGGCCCCGGUCCUCGUCCCGGCCCCGCCAUGCCGCCGCCCGGGCCCGCCGCCGCCCUGGGCACCGCGCUGCUGCUGCUCCUGCUGGCCUCCGAGUCCGCGCACACCGUGAUGCUGCGGGCGCGCGAGGCGGCGCAGUUUCUGCGGCCCAGGCAGCGCCGCGCCUACCAGGUCUUCGAGGAGGCCAAGCAGGGCCACCUGGAGAGGGAGUGCAUCGAGGAGCUGUGCAGCCAGGAGGAGGCCCGGGAGGUGUUCGAGAACGACCCGGAGACGAACUAUUUUUAUCCAAGAUACUUAGACUGCAUCGGUAAAUAUGGAUCUCCCUACACCAAACACCCAGAUUUCGUCACGUGCGUUCAAAACCUGCCUGACCAGUGCUCUCCAAACCCCUGUGAUAAGGAAGGGACCCGGGCCUGCCAAGACCUCAUGGGCAACUUCUACUGCGAUUGCAGGGCCGGCUGGGGGGGGCGGCUCUGUGACAGAGAUGUCAACGAGUGCGGCCUGCAGAACGGAGGCUGCAGCCAAAUAUGCUCCAACAAGCCGGGCAGCUUCCACUGCACCUGCUACAGCGGCUACGCGCUCUCCCCGGACGGCAGGACCUGCCGAGAUGUAGAUGAAUGUGCAGAUGCGGGCGCCUGCGGAGACGCACGCUGCCAGAACCUGCCCGGCUCCUACUCCUGCCUCUGCGAGGAGGGCUACGCCUUCACUUCCCAGGAGAUGGCCUGCCAAGACGUGGACGAGUGCGCGGAGGGACGCUGCGAGCAGGCCUGCAUCAACUCCCCCGGGAGCUACAGCUGCCACUGCGACGGACGCGGGGGCCUCAAGGUGUCCCAGGACAUGAACACCUGUGAGGACAUCUUGCCGUGCGUGCCCUUCAACGUGGCCAAAAGCGUGAAGUCGCUGUACCUGGGCCGCAUGUUCAGCGGGACGCCGGUGAUCAGACUGCGCUUCAAGAGGCUGCAGCCCACCAGAUUGGUGGCCGAGUUCGACUUCAGGACCUUUGACGCUGAAGGUGUUCUCUUCUUUGCUGGAGGCCAUCAGGACAGCAGCUGGAUCGUCCUGGGCCUGCGGGCUGGCCGGCUGGAGCUGCAGCUCCGCUACCAUGGCGUCGGGCGCGUCACCAGCAGCGGGCCCAUCAUCAACCACGGCAUGUGGCAAACAAUCUCUGUUGAGGAGCUGGAGCGGAACCUAGUGGUCAAAGUGAACAAGGACGCUGUUAUGAAGAUCGCGGUGGCUGGGGACCUGUUCCAGCUGGACAGAGGACUGUACCACCUGAACCUUACCGUGGGAGGCAUUCCCUUCAAGGAGAAAGACCUCGUCCAGCCUAUAAACCCCCGCCUGGAUGGCUGUAUGAGGAGCUGGAACUGGCUGAAUGGUGAGGACACCACCAUCCAAGACACAGUGAAGGUGAACGUGAAGAUGCAGUGCUUCUCCGUGACGGAGAAAGGGUCCUUCUUCCCCGGGAGCGGGUUUGCUUUCUACAGCCUCGAUUACGCACGGACAUCCCCGGACGUCGGGACCGAGACAACCUGGGAAAUAGAAGUCGUGGCUCGGAUCCGCCCCGCCACCGACACGGGGGUGCUGCUGGCGCUGGUGGGCGACAACCACACUGUCGCCCUCUCCGUGGCCCUGGUCGACUACCACUCCACCAAGAAGCUCCAAAAGCAGCUGGUGGUCCUGGCGGUGGAGAGGGUGGCCCUGGCCCUGAUGGAGAUCAAGGUCUGUGACGGCCAGGAGCACGUGGUGAGCGUCUCCUUGAAGGAGGGCCAGGCUGCCCUGGAGAUCGAUGGCACCAAGGGCGGGAGCGAAGUGAGCCCCGAGGGGCUGCAGGAGAGGCUGGCCGUCCUCAGGAGGCACCUGCAGGGCUCCGUGCUCACCUUCGUUGGGGGGCUACCAGACGUGCCGGUGACCUCGGCACCCGUCACGGCCUUCUACCGCGGCUGCAUGACGCUGGAGGUCAACCGGAAGGUGCUGGACCUGGACGAAGCUGCCUACAAGCACAGCGACAUCACCUCGCACUCCUGCCCCCCGGUUGAGCAGGCCACUCCCUAGACGUGCCGCUGCAGAUGACGCCCAGAGCUCUGCUCAGGCUUCCUCACAAGACACGGAAGGAGAGGGGCGCCCGUCGCCCAGCCACCCUGAGCAGCUCCCAGACACUGAAUCCGCGCACUCUUCCUCUGAGACCUCCCUUUGCCUGUAACAUACGUGUAAAUAGUCCAGGACUGAUGUUGGUGACCCGAAACCACACCCUGACCCCGAUGUCCCAAGCAAGUCUGGGCUCCACAGAGCCGACCUGAAAAUAAUUCUGUUAUUUUUAUUACGAAAUGCUUCUUUCUGACCCAAAAAUAUGGAAAAAUAAACUAUUUACAGAAAACUUUCUAA